UCACGGGAGGAACCUUGUGCAUGUUUAGUGAGUUUCUCCCGACAGUCUGUUACGGACGUGUCUGUGUUUUUGGGGAUUGUGACUCGUUUGACUCUUUAUUUUUUCACUGCUAAUGUCCAUUUGCAGUGUAUGUGUAUGUGUUUUGUGAGGCCAUAUUUUUUUUUUGCAGCCGUUAGUGGACUUAUUUCUACGUGUGUUGGAAUUUCCCUUUUUUGGGAGGGUUGGACACGUUGUUAGUCGAAAUAACUCCUGUUUAGCACUUGUGUGUGUGGUGGUCAUCGGUAUUUGCAACGGAUAUCUCAGGAUUUCUCUACAACGGAUAAUGGAGGGUCGCAAUACUAACUGAUUGAUCGAUAGAAUUUUGUGAUCGAGUGACACACAUAGACACGAGUGGGUACCGGCAAGCGGACGACAACUGCCGAUAGACUUCCCUUUUCUUUUUUUUUCCUCCUGGAGGCAUGGAACGCCACUCCGGGAAGGUUUCUUCUACCGCAUCUAUCACAUCCUAUUUCAGGUUGUGAUGUGAUACGCCAACGCCCGGCGUAUGCAUGUGUGAGUGUGCCUGAGUGAACGCGUGUCAUCUGUGUACUUCAGUCCCUUGGCUGGAGGCGCUGGCUGACAAUUUUUUUGAAGCAAGAAAAUUGACAAAAAUAAAGGACGUUGUUGUCGUCGGUGAAAGUCGUCGAAAAUUGAGCCUGGAUUUGUUGGGACUUCUCUUUCACACCCUUCCUCUUCGUUGUUAUUGUUGUUGUUGUUGUUGUUGCUGUUGAGCUGAGGAGAUCGCAAAGUUUGGGGCGACGCACAAAAAAGAAGAAAAAAGAACAAAAAAAAAAGAAAGAGGAAACUUUUGAAAACUCAAACGUUAAAGAGCAUCCGGAGGGUGCAAACCAUCAAGCAUCGAGAUGGCGAUGGUUGAUGGACGGCCGGCCCAGUACGGGCUCUCCCUGAAGCAGCUCCGCGAGGUGAUGGAGCUGCGAGGACGGGAGGCCGUUGAACAAGUGCGCCACUAUGGCGGCGUCCAGGAGAUUUGUAAAAAACUCUACACCUCACCGACGGAAGGAUUAUCCGGCUCGCCGAAGGACAUCGAACAUCGGCGGGAAACGUUCGGCUCGAACACGAUCCCGCCUAAGCCGCCAAAGACCUUCUGGCGAUUGGUGUGGGAAGCGCUGCAAGAUGUCACCCUCAUCAUCCUGGAAGUGGCGGCCAUCGUCUCACUACUCUUAUCUUUCAUUCCUUCCAGUAGCGAAGAUGAGCUGGGUCACGAGGAGGGCAAGUCUCACGAAUGGAUCGAAGGCCUGGCUAUUCUUAUUUCCGUCAUAGUCGUCGUCUUGGUAACUGCCUUCAAUGAUUAUACCAAGGAGAGACAAUUCCGCGGACUGCAGAGCCGAAUCGAGGGCGAGCACAAAUUCGCCGUUCUGCGGGGAGGCGAGAGCAGCCAAAUCUUUGUCGGCGAGAUCGUCGUUGGUGACAUUUGCCAAGUGAAAUACGGCGAUUUGCUGCCGGCCGACGGCAUUCUCAUUCAAAGCAACGAUUUGAAAGUGGACGAGUCGUCCUUAACGGGCGAGUCGGAUCACGUCAAAAAAAGCGAACUGACGGAUCCUAUGCUGCUAUCUGGGACCCACGUCAUGGAAGGCAGCGGCCGGAUGGUGGUGACUGCCGUCGGCAUCAACUCGCAAGCCGGCAUCAUUUUCACGCUACUGGGAGCCGCCGCCGACCAGCAGGAAGCUGACGCUAAGCAACGGAAGAAAGAAGCCAAAAAGCAACGGAAGAAGAAGAAAGGAGAUGUGGAGGAAGGCGCUGUGGGUAACAACAGCCAUCCGAUGGAUCACGGUGGAAACAACAUGGCCAGCAAACAAGAGACGAGGGAAGGAUCCAGCUGUCCGGCCGAGGAUGCCCCGAUGAAAGAAGAGAAAUCGGGUCACAAGGACAAAUCCGUUCUACAAGCCAAACUGACGAAACUGGCCAUUCAAAUCGGUUACGCUGGUUCGACCAUCGCCAUUUUAACUGUCAUCAUUCUGAUAACGACGUUUUGCAUCAAGACAUUCGUCUACGAAAAUCAGCCGUGGAAAAACGAAUAUUUCAAUCAUUUCGUCAAGUUCCUCAUUAUCGGUGUCACUGUCUUGGUCGUCGCCGUCCCCGAGGGUCUGCCCUUGGCUGUCACCCUCUCGUUAGCCUACUCCGUUAAAAAAAUGAUGUUGGACAACAACUUGGUUCGACAUUUGGACGCUUGCGAGACGAUGGGCAAUGCGACGGCCAUCUGUUCGGAUAAAACGGGAACGCUGACAACGAACAGGAUGACCGUUGUGGCCUGCUACAUCGGAGGACAGCACUACAAAUCCAUCCCGAAGUACGACUCGCUUCCACCGCAAGUGGCCAACCUUGCCAUUCACGCCAUCUCGAUCAAUAGCGCUUACACGUCGCGCAUUUUGGAUGGAGAUAUGCCCAACGAACCCAUCAAGCAGGUGGGCAAUAAAACGGAAUGCGCCAUGCUCGGUUUCGUGCUGGAUUUGAAGAAAUCCUAUCAGGCCAUCCGUGACGAGCACCCAGAAGAAUCGUUCCAUCGCGUCUACACGUUCAAUUCGAGCCGCAAGUCGAUGAGUACCGUCAUCGCUCGCGAGGGAGGCGGAUACCGCGUCUUCACCAAAGGUGCAUCUGAAAUGGUGCUGAAAAAGUGCGCCUUCAUUUACGGCGCUGAUGGAAAACUGGAGAAAUUCACUCGAGAAAUGCAGGAUCGGCUUGUACGAGACGUCAUUGAGCCAAUGGCCUGCGACGGUCUCCGCACAAUCGCCGUGGCUUACCGCGAUUUCGUGCCACACAAGGCCGAGAUUAAUCAAGUCCAUUAUGACAACGAACCCAACUGGGAUGACGAAGAUAACAUCAUCAACAACCUGACGUGCAUGCUCAUCGUCGGCAUUGAAGAUCCUGUCCGACCUGAGGUGCCGGAGGCUAUUAGACAGUGCCAGCGGGCAGGUAUUACGGUGCGCAUGGUGACGGGCGACAAUGUCAACACAGCUCGAUCCAUCGCCAUCAAAUGCGGCAUUGUUCAGCCCGGAAUGGACUAUUUGAUUAUCGAUGGCAAGGAAUUCAACCGACGCAUCCGCGACGCCAAUGGCGAGAUCCAGCAACACUUGCUGGAUCAAGUUUGGCCCAGGCUUCGAGUGUUGGCACGUUCAUCACCCACUGACAAAUACACUCUGGUUAAGGGUAUUAUCGACAGUAAAGUCUCCGAGAACCGAGAAGUCGUCGCCGUGACUGGUGACGGUACCAACGAUGGUCCUGCUCUCAAGAAAGCCGACGUUGGAUUCGCUAUGGGCAUUGCUGGAACAGACGUGGCCAAAGAGGCAUCUGACAUUAUCCUAACGGACGACAACUUUAGCAGCAUCGUUAAGGCCGUCAUGUGGGGCCGUAACGUUUACGAUUCGAUCGCCAAGUUCCUGCAGUUCCAGCUGACUGUCAACAUAGUGGCCGUCAUUGUGGCCUUCUUUGGCGCUUGUUUCAUCCAAGAUUCGCCGCUCAAGGCCGUCCAAAUGCUCUGGGUCAACUUGAUUAUGGACACGCUAGCUUCCUUGGCACUUGCCACUGAAAUGCCCACAGCUGAUCUGCUUUCUCGUAAACCUUAUGGUCGCACCAAGCCACUCAUCUCUCGAACCAUGAUGAAGAACAUCACGGGCCAGGGCAUUUACCAGCUGUCGGUCAUUUUUACCCUCGUAUUCGUCGGCGAGAAAUUUUUGGAUAUCGAUUCGGGCCGAUACAGAACCGAUUCCGAACCGACUCAGCACUUUACCAUCAUCUUCAACACGUUCGUGAUGAUGACUCUCUUUAACGAGAUCAACGCGCGAAAGAUUCACGGCCAGCGCAACGUGUUCGAGGGCAUUUUCACCAAUCCCAUCUAUUACUGCAUCUGGAUAGCUACAGCGGCCUCUCAGGUGGUGAUUGUUCAAUUCGGUGGUCACGCGUUCUCCACUGCAGCCCUGUCGCUCUCCCAGUGGGCCUGGUGCGUCUUCUUUGGCGUGGGAACUCUGGUGUGGGGCCAGGUGGUCACCACCGUUCCCACUAGCAAGAUCCCCAAAAUCUUCUCUUGGGGUCGAGGACAUCCUGAAGACAUUUCAGCCACUAUGGGCGCUCUAACCGAGGACAGAUUCGAUGCCGAUGGUGACAAGAAACGGACGACAGGCCAGAUCCUUUGGAUCCGCGGCCUUACACGCCUCCAGACACAGGUGAUUGGUGGUGAAUUGCAGGAACGUUUGAUUCCGGUUCCCUACAGCAAGAAUACCACAGACCAAGCUAUCCGCGUCGUUAACGCCUUCCGCCAGGGGGUUGAUCCGCGCUUGAUGGAGCGAACCAACCCCGCCCUGGCAGCGGUGCUACAGCGGCAAGCAUCUGCUUCGUUGGCGAAACGUUUAUCCCAGGCUUCAUCAAUAGACUACGCUGAUGCUCCCGGAGCGACUGGCAUCGGAGACCGUGAAAGGGAUUACUUGGCCCCCGAGACGGAUAUGGAGCGGCUUUCCUCCCGGAGCCACACGGAGACGGCGGUUUGAAGUGGAAAAAAAAAAAAAAACAGCAAAAAAAAACAGCAAACAGCAACAUAACUAAAUAAUUGGUAAUAAAUAAAUUCAUGAUUUAAUGCUCUUCGAGGCGGAGGGAAAAAAAAAAGAAGUUAAGCAAAAAAAAAAAAAAGAAAACUUACGAAAUAGGAAUCAAAGAAAUCCAUCCAUCAAAAUACUGACUUUCCCUGACUUCCCAGUUUUUUAUUUCUUCGUUUUUUUUUUCUUUUUGAAUUCUCCGACUCCCCCCCCCCCCACCCAGUUGUGUAUUCAUCUGAUUUACUCUCUUCCAACUGCUGAAUAAUAUGUUCCCCGACGAUGACUUUGAUUAGCCCAAACCACUCUCGAAAAAAAGACAUUUGUUUUUUCUUCAAUUCUCUGUAUGUUUUUUUUUUUUUUUUUUUUUUUUUGAAAUUCUAAUCCAGUUUUUUCCCCUCCGAUGAGGAUGAUGUGCUAUGGAACGCUUCAUUUUUUACCCAUGCUAACAUCCACUCUCCCUUCCAACUCUUAGACGUGAAAAAGAAAAGAGAAACAAAUGCAAUGAGGAGCAGAAAAACACCCGACAUUAACUUUGAAAUAUCUUUAUCAUUUUAUUUAUUUUUAUUUUUAUUUUAUUUUUUUGAAUUAUUCAACGUCAGCUGAUGUCCAUGCAAAUGAUCAUUUUCUUUGUUUUGUUCUUUAUAUGAUUUUCUCGUUUGAUUUUUUUGUGUGUGAAUACUUUCAAAUAUUGCCGUUGACGAUGAAAGACACACGGGGUGGGCAACGCGAUGUCGUAAUCUACUGGGGAGGGGGAGAGAUAUUACUUAACGGAUGAGAAACCCAGUUGCCGUUUCUAUUAGAUUUCUACGGUCCUUUUUAAGUAAAAAAAAGAAGACAAAAAAAACGAGAAAUUUUUGCGGUGUUUUUCGCCUGUGUCCUAUUUAGUAAACCAUUUUUUUUUUUAAACCAAACAUCUUGGAUGUUCUUCUUUUAGGAUUUCCGUUUUUUUUUCUUUCCCUGGUUCGCCUUUAUAUUUUUCAUUUUGUUCUUUUCGUUAUGCAAAUUGCAGACUCUCCCCCUUUUUUUUUUCCUUAUUCUUUCACUUGUAUCAUAUGGAUCCCCUUUUGAAAUAUUGCCGUGUGUUUGCGUGUGCGUUUCACUUCACUUCCCAUUCCCUCUUCGACUCUCUUUGUCUUUUGAUUUGUUAUUAUUUUGGGACACCUUUUCGUUUCACUGUAUAAUCUUCCGUCUUAACUUCUCUCUUUUCUGUCUUAUCUUCUUUCUUUACAGUGUGCUAUUUGUCGUGUACGUGUACUCCACCUUCUUCUUUUAUCAUUUCGUUUUUAAUAUUUUUUUAUCCUUAAAAAAAAAAGAGGUUCUUGUGUUUUUAGGCGGACGGGAAAGACUUGUUUUUUUUUUCUCGCUAUUUCAGAUUCAAAAUUUAUAAAAGUGUGUUUUCAUCCCCCCCAAUUAUCUCUUAGUUUGUUACCCUGUUUGAUUCACUUUUUCUUUCUUUUCUCCGUGUUCUUUUUUUUUUUCCUUUGAGGGUUGUUUCGAAUGGUUUUCCAGACUCGGUCCUUAUAUACAUAGUAAACGAGAGAACAAAGCCAGUCUUGCGUUGUCAACACUAUACUUGAUUACGCAUCGGUUCUCAUUAGUUCCUUGUUCAUUCGUUUUCCCUGUUUUUUGUUCUUCUUUCUCGGUUUAAAAAACGCCAAGGAAGAAAUUCAAGAAGUAAAAAACGAUGACACUGCUGUUCUCAUUUUAACUACCAUUUGAUUCUUCUUCUUCUUCUUAUGUUCACUGCCAAUUAUCCACGAAAAAAAAAAAAACGUGGCGAAUGCGAAGUGUGGAUGUCUUUUUCUUUAAAAAAAAAAAAGGGUGUUCAAAUGCAGUUUUAAAAAGAAUGAGCGGAUGAGUGGAGGAUAAAUGUGAUGCGAUUGUGCAGGUGGUGCCUUGUUUUCAGCAAUCACCCUUUUUUUUUUCUUCCGGACAUUUCUUCCUGGGUUUUUUUCAUACUAUUUGAUAUCGCACUUUAUCGAAUAUCCCACCUUUGUUGUGGUUAUUGAUUUCGUCACUGCCUCGCAUUCUGUUUAGUAUUUUUUUUUUCAGAAUGGAAUUAUCCCAUUUUUACGUGGGCAGAAAUCAAGCUUGUUAAAACGCGUAUAUUGGCCGGUAAAAAAAACAACAACAAACAAACAAAACAUACAGAAGCAAUAGCUCUGGGCUUGGGCAGUCAAAAGAAUUUAUUGAUAUCGUUUCGAACAUAGUCGUAUGCGCUGUUGCUGCCGCUCUUCGGUUUGUUAAUAUUUCACUAGCAAAUGUGUUUCUUUGUCUUUUAUUUAUUUUUAAUUUCAAGGCUAAAAAAUUUUUUUUUUAAAUGGCGUCAAAAUUUCAAUUGGGCCUCCCGCUAUUUAUUGCUUUUAUUGAGCUAGGAAAAAAAAGACACACACUCUGGGACUUGUCGAGAAAUCGAUGUUAAAGCGGAACCGAAUUUUUUUUUUUCUUGUAGCCUAUAUGAUUUGUAAGUAAAAACGAGAAGACAGCCCACUCUUGAAUCCAUGAUAGGAAGAAUUGCUUUUCAAUUUCAGUAGAUUAGAACAAAGAAAAACGUGGAGAUCCACAUUGAACAUGAUGUGCUAUACCUGUUCGAAUGGCCCAAAUUGAACAAAUGUUGCGCCAAGUAGAGCGUCUCUAUGAAAUACUAAACCAAGACGUGUGUGUGUGUGCGUUUGUGUCUUUUCGUUUUCAUCUUCUCCCGAUCUUGAUUUUUUUUUUCAAUUUUCAAUGUGGCGAAAAAAAAAAAGAAAUCCAGAAGAAUUUGCAUUGUAAUUGCUGUCGAAUAGCCAAGUUUCUUUUUGGUUUUUCUUCUCGUUAUUCUUUUCUUGUUGGUGCAAAGAAUAUUUGCGAAGCAAACAUGUGUUUCUGCUCCUCCCUGUCUCUCUUUCUCUUUCCCUCUUUUGUCCUAACUUCGCUCUGAAAGUGUUAUGAUUAAUGAUUAUUAUAAUUUUGGAUUAAACCAAAAGAGGAGAGCCUGUUGUUUUUGUUGUUUCACCCUUCUUUUUCAUUACAAGAAGUUAAAGAAAAAAAAAAUUAUUAAAACUAAAAAAAAAAAAAUUAAUGAUUGUUUGUUAUAACCGAAGAAAUUUUUACAAGUGUUGUUGACGUAGCGUUUAUCUUAUGGUUAUUAUCUUUACAUAGUCGCGCUCCAAAGGGUUCAUCGUUUCAUAACACACACAAAAGGAAGACUUCUUUUUUUUUUGAAUCCUCUUAACUCACGUCGUCCUCUCUUGUAUUUGCUCUCUCGUUCUCUCCAUCUAUUUUACCUAUCUCUUUCUCUAUCUUAAAAAAAACUUUCUUCUCUGUAGCUUAUUGGUAGCCAAACGGUUGUUUGUUUUCUUAUUGAUUGCCCCCUCCGGAUUUUUAUGACUGAUCCCCUCUGAAAUUGCCCUUUCCCAAAAACAAACAAACAAAAAAAUAAAUAAAUAAUAACAAUAAGCAAUUUCUCGAUCGCGAGACACAGCCACAUUAUUCUUGUUCUUAAUUCCACACACAACUCCAAUCGUUCCAUUGAGGUGUAAAUGUGCCAGUCAUGUCACAAGGGCGAUAACAUUUGUUCUUGGCGGGGAACAAAUGGGGGGGGGGGGGGGAGGAAACAACAACAAAAACAAGUCUAUGUCUCCCUUUUUACAUCAUUUACGUGCUCUGUUGGUUUCCUCUUCUUUUAGGUUCAACGUGCUGGGUUUUCUUUCCAUCCCCUUUCCUCUUUCUAAUGAGUGUCUUAUUAUACUUUCUUUUUCAAUUCGUAUUUUAACCAUUUGUUUCUUGGGUUCAUUUAAUAAAUGACUUUGUUUAACGAGGCUAAUCUUAAAUUCCCUGAUUUUUGUAUUUCAAAAACUCCCUUCCAUUUCUCACUGAUGACGACUGUUUGACAAUAACAACUCACGAUGUUCCCUAACCCUUGUAUGCAUUAUGCAACAGCGCAUAAUUUUGCAAGACUAACGGAGAGAAAAUAGCAGCGUGAUUUUCUAAUGUUUUCAGUUCCAAAUGGUCUUUGAUUUCCUUUGUUUGCCGCCCACCCCUUUUAUCUCUUUCCAUCUCUCUCUCACACACAUUUUUUGUUUUUGUUUUAAAUUCUUUUCACUAUCUAUUUUAACUCUUAUCUUCGUAUAUUUCUCCUUGUACAAAUAAAACUUUGAGCUCUUGGUUACCAGUGUUCAAUACUGUUUCCCCGGCACCCCUCUUCUUCUUUUUUUUUAAAGUUCUCUUGUAUCUACUGUUAACAGUGUGGUGUCUCUAUAAUGUCACUCACCUGGUCUUGUAGUCCAAUUAACCUGCUCCUCCCCACACGAAAAAGAUAACACUUUUUACUUCCUUUUUGAUACAUUCAACAAAAA